UAUAUGUGAAUGGCCGAUAGUAUCGUCAAAGCGGCACUGCCGGCUGCCGGUCCAUCACUAGCGCCAUAAGAAUUAGUUUGUUUUUUUUUUGCAACAAACAUUUACAUUAGUUAUGCGUGCGUGGCCAAAAUGCUAAUCGUAUGGUUAGUGCUUGCCGCCACCUUGAGCCGAUCUAUCCGAGCCAGCACCACGAUAUCGAUACCGAUCACAACGCAGGACAUAAUAGCGGGUGACGUGUUUUUUGAAAUACUGUCCCCCUCGGACCUGGAAUACACGUACCGGCUGCGACCGGCCAAGGACUUUGGAUCCGCCUUCUCCGAGCGGUUGGAGGGUGUGCCGCUGGUGCUCACAGAUCCCCCAGGCGCCUGCCAGGAGAUCCGGAACGCCAGAGAUCUCAAUGGGGGCGUCGCACUCAUUGAUCGCGGGGAGUGCUCCUUCCUUACCAAGACACUGCGAGCGGAGGCAGCGGGCGCAUUGGCUGCAAUCAUCACCGAGUACAAUCCCAGCUCUCCAGAGUUUGAGCACUACAUCGAGAUGAUACAUGACAACUCCCAACAGGACGCCAAUAUUCCUGCAGGCUUUUUGCUCGGAAAGAACGGCGUCAUUAUCCGGUCGACGCUGCAGCGACUGAAGCGGGUGCACGCUCUGAUUAACAUACCGGUUAACCUCACCUUCACCCCGCCCUCUAAGAUUAAUCAUCCGCCUUGGCUGGGCUGGUGACGUGACGUGACCGGAUUGCAGGCAGCUUAAAGGAGUCACACACGAUCUGAAACCAAAGUGCAUACUCGUAGGCUGAGAAGUCGAGACCGCAACUGAGACUAAACUUUAGAGUACCAAUAAGUAGCUAAUUCGUAGACGGAAGCCAUAACCUGUAAAUAAAUUGCUUAGCAGCCAGAGAGUCAGGUCGCCAAGUUGUAAGCUAGACAAUA